AUGGAUCACCAUCACGAGGAGCCGAACAAACCGAAUACUCUCAGAGUCAUCGUGAAAGCUCUUUUCUUUCUCAUGGUUUUUGGCACUGUUAACACCAUUAAUUGCUUCGCGCUCAACUGUUGCGGGUCCGUAUUCAACUGUCAGAGUCCUGAAAACAGCAAGACGCUUAUAAUGAUGACUUUGGCUGAAUUGACAGCCUCAGGUGUAUUGUGGUAUGUUUCCAAGAGACUUUGGAGAUACGCCAAGAACUUUUUCAACCCGCCCGAGGAUCAUCAAAUGUAA